AUGGCGCCUGUUGCCUCUAAGCCCGUCCCCGACGCCGACACGGCGGUGCCGCUCCCGGCAAACGACAGCGUGGCUCACGCCAUCGCGGGUGCGGGCGGGGGCAUUCUGUCGACACUGGUGACAUACCCGCUGAUCACGCUCUCAACACGGGCACAAGUGGAGUCGAAGCGCGCGGACUCGUCCUUCCUGGCGGCAGUGGAGCACAUUGUAGCACGUGAGGGCGUGUCUGGUCUGUAUGCAGGCCUCAACUCUGCCGUCUUCGGCAUCGGGGUGACCAAUUUCGUCUACUACUACUGGUAUGAGUGGACGCGGGCCGCAUUCGCACAGGCUGCCGCUGCACGUGCGGCCACACCAGGCCGGGUGGCCGGAAGACUGACGACGGCAGAGUCGAUGAUUGCGGGCGCCGUCGCCGGUUCGGCCACGGUGAUUCUGACGAACCCGAUCUGGGUGGUGAACACGCGAAUGACGACACGCCGACGGCCAUCGACAAAGAAGACUGCCUGCACCAGCGCCAGUGCUAGUGCCAGUGCCAGUGCCAGUGCCACCAUCUCCAACCCGUCGUCAGCAACAUCCACGGCAACGACGGACGAGGAAGCCGUGCUAGUUGAGUCGGACAAGGAGAAGAAGGAAGCGACCAAGGACGUGGAAGCGGAAGCGGUAAAGGAGCCAGAGACAGCGGCCGUUGCUGCGCCCACGUCAACUAUCGGCACCCUCUUGGCCUUGCUUCGGGAGGAGGGCCCGCGGGCACUGUUUGCCGGUGUCGUGCCGGCGCUGGUGCUCGUGAUCAACCCGAUCCUGCAGUACACCCUCUUUGAGCAGCUGAAGAAUAUGGUACAGGCGCGGAGAGCCCGCGGCGCGCCCUUCACACCCGGCCUGGCGUUUAUCCUGGGUGCCGUGAGCAAGCUGUUUGCUACCGGCAUCACUUACCCAUACAUCACGGUCAAGAGCCGCAUGCAUGUGGCCAAGGACCGCAGUCAGGGCGGCGUGACGGCUGUGCUGCGCCGCAUCAUCCAGGAGGAGGGCUACGCUGGUCUAUACAAGGGCAUCGGUCCCAAGAUCACGCAGAGCGUUCUGACGGCUGCCUUCCUCUUCGCCCUCAAGGACGUGCUGUAUGCCCAGACUGUGCGGCUGCGGUCGGUGGCAGCUGCCAAGAGGAUCCAUGCUUAA